AUGAUUAAUCGACAUAAUCUAGAAGCUGAUCUAGGUUUACAUACGUACACCCUCAAAAUAAAUCAAUUUGCUGACAUGACACAUGAAGAAUUUACUAGAACAAUGUUAAGCGGUUUAAAACUGACUCUUACAACAAAUGUACCAAAGACAUUGGAUUUACCAUUAAAUGGUAAAAUACCAGCUUCUGUUGAUUGGCGAAAAAAAGGUGCAGUGACUACAGUUAUUGAAGAUCAAGGUCAAUGUGGUUCAUGUUGGGCUUUUACAGCAACCGGUGCUUUAGAAGGACAACAUGCUUUAAAAACAGGAAAAUUAGUACGUUUAUCAGCACAAAACUUAAUGGAUUGUUCCGGUAGCUUUGGUAACUACGGAUGCAAUGGAGGAUUGAUGGAUUCAGCAUUUGAAUAUAUCAAAGCUAAUAAUGGAGUUGAUACUGAAGAAAGCUAUCCAUAUGAAGCAAAAGAUGGUCCAUGUCGUUUUAAACCAGCUAAUGUUGGAGCUACCGAUACAGGUUUUGUUGAUCUUCCAACAGGAAAUGAAACUGCUUUGCAAAUAGCUCUUGCUACAGUUGGUCCAAUGUCUGUAGCAAUUGAUGCUCAACAUACAUCAUUUCAAUUUUAUUCAUCAGGUGUUUACAAUGAACCUGAUUGUUCAACAACAAACUUGUGUCAUUCAUUUGUUUUGGUUGGUUAUGAUACAUAUCAUAAUAGUACAGUUAAACAAGAUUAUUACAUUGCAAAAAAUUCUUGGGGUGAAUCGUGGGGUAAUAAAGGUUAUGUUUGGAUGAGUCGUAACAAAAAAAAUCAGUGUGGUAUUGCGACGACGGCCAGCUAUCCUCUUGUUUGA